AAUAAAGCGAACAACUUGAUUUUUAAGUAUAAUCGGCAUGAUGUGUUUCAAGUAAUAGCUCGGCUUGGCCUCCUUCCCCAUGUCAACAUCUGUCACCUGGUAAAGUCUUUGAACAAUUGAAUACAAAUAGGAUUGAUAUGGUUGAUUUUAAUCAGUUUGCUGGAGGGAGGGAAGGGAGUGACUUACAACGCUGCCGAUUUCCUCCAAGUCCAAAGACUGUAGAUUUUUAGGAGGUUCCCUCACUAUCCCAAUAUCAGGAGUCAGGUUGUUAAUAAAAUGCUCCUCCUGAUAGAUGUCUCUGAAUUGACUACGAAAUUAUACAAUAAGCAGUUAUAAGCUAAAUUGACAAGAUCACAUAAUAGAAGAACCAUGGACUACAGAUGUGGCAUGGAAAUUAUACAAGACAAAAGCUAAAACUAGAAAUUCAAGAAUAAGUUAAGACCAUAAAUGCUUGAAGUGGGAAACAGAUUCAAUUCGAAGUGGAUGAAGUGAAGUGUAUAUAAACAGAAAUGAAAUUGAAUCUCUUUUGUUUCUUUCUUUCGUUCUUCAAAUUGAAUUUAACGCAACACGUGAAUGAAUGAUUGAUUAUGAUUAGUGUAAUUCGUUCGACCAUGCAAACAACAACCUUAACAAGAUGUUAUCAAUGGAAGAAAAAAUUAUUCACUUUUCUCCCAUUUUCAACCAUUCCUUCAUCUCUCUCACAACAAACCAUUUCCACCAUUGUCCACACUCUCUGCGACUCCAACCGUUUCACCGAAGCCCAGCAACGUUUCUCCCUUUUCCUCUCCUCCGGUUCAAUUCCCGACCACCGAACAUGUAACCUCCUCCUUGCUCGUCUACUCCGUUCCAAAACCCCACUUCAAACAUGGACUCUAGUCAAAUCCUUGAUCCAAACCAAACCGGGUUUUGUUCCCUCUUUGGUUAACUACCACCGUUUGAUGGACCAAUUUUGUUUGAUUCAUCGACCUUUUGAUGCUCAUAGACUGUUUUUCGACAUGAAGAAUCGUGGGCAUUGUCCCAAUGUUGUUUCUUAUACCACUUUGAUUAAUGGGUAUUGUUCAGUUGGUGGAAUAAGGGAUGCAAUCAAGGUGUUUGAUGAAAUGCUUCAGAGUGGUUUAGCACCGAAUUCAAUGACUUACAGUGUAUUGAUUCGUGGGUUUCUUCAGGAAAGGGAUUUUGAAAGUGGGAGAGAGUUGAUGUGCAAGUUGUGGGAGAGGAUGGAUUUGGAAGUUGAAUUGGGUGUGAAGGUUGCUGCUUUUGCAAAUUUGAUUGAUUCUUUGUGUAAACUAGGGUAUUUUAAUGAAGUUUUUGAGAUUGCAGAAGAGAUGCCGUGUGGUAGUAGUUUGUCGGAGAAGGUUGUUUAUGGCCAAAUGAUUGAUUCAUUCUGCAAAGUUGGACGGUAUCACGGAGCAGCUAGAAUUGUUUAUUUGAUGAGGAAGAGAGGGUUUAUUCCAAGUGACGUGUCAUAUAAUUUUAUCAUACAUGGACUAAGCAAGGAUGGUGAUUGUAUGAGAGGUUAUCAGUUGUUAGAGGAAGGAGCUGAGUUUGGAUUUUCGCUGUGCGAGCAUACUUAUAAGGUAUUGGUGGAAGCUCUAUGUCGUGUAUUAGAUGUUGACAAGGCAAGGGAAGUUCUUAAACUCAUGUUGUCUAAGGAAGGUGUUGACAAGACUAGGAUUUACAACAUCUAUUUGAGAGCUCUCUGUCUUGUGAACAAUCCAACUGAGCUUUUAAAUGUGCUUGUGUUUAUGCUUGAGAGCCAGUGUCAGACCGAUGUGAUUACCCUCAAUACAGUUAUCAAUGGUUUUUGCAAGAUGGGGAGGGUUGAUGAAGCUUUAAAAGUAUUAGAUGACAUGUUAUUGGGUAAAUUUUGUGCACCUGAUGUUGUGACCUUCACUACAUUGAUUUCUGGUCUAUUGGAUGCUGAAAAAGUCGAUGAAGCUUUUGAUCUGUUCAAUAAAGUGAUGCCUGAAAAUGGUUUGAAGCCUGGUGUUGUAACAUAUAAUGUUCUUAUCAGAUGCCUAUACAAACUUAAAAGACCGAAUGAUGCAUUCGGGAUUUUUAAUAACAUGGCUGGUGACGGCAUUACUCCAGAUAGUACCACUUAUACAGUUAUGGUAGAAGGCCUAUGUGAAUGUGAUCAGAUAGAAGAGGCAAAGAGUUUUUGGCAGAGUGUUAUAUGGCCUUCAGGGAUCCAUGAUAAUUUUGUUUAUGCAGCCAUUCUGAAAGGGCUAUGUGGUUCUGGCAAAUUUAACGAGGCUUGUCAUUUCUUGUAUGAAUUAGUAGAUUUUGGGGUCUUUCCAAAUAUAUAUAGCUAUAAUAUUCUGAUCAACUGUGCUUGCAAUUUAGGUUUGAAAAGAGAAGCUUACCAAAUUGUUAGAGAGAUGAAUAGGAAUGGAGUGAUCCCUGAUUGUGUGACAUGGAGGGUUCUUCACAAGUUACAAAGCAAUGUGAGGAAGAACACCCCAUCUGAAGAUCUAACCUUGUCAACAGUUGAUGAGGGUGUUGACAUGGAUGAUAAAGCAAGUCGGGAUAGAAGGAAAUGGAUUUCUGCUUGUACUUCAAGUGGUGGUAAACCAUUGGGUUUUACCAGAUAACAAUGAAGCUUGGUUAUUAAUCCCUAUCCAUGGUUGAUAAUGCAUGUUAUAAUAAAAUGUGACAUUAGGAAUAGAGUUGAAAGAGAGUAAGUUUGAGAUAAGUUGUGUUAAAGAUUAUGAAGUUACUAGGAGCGAUGUGACACUGUGCUGAAUGAAAACAUGCAUUGUGGUUUUAUACAUAAUGUGCUGUCCAUGUAUCAACAACUAGUUUCUGACAAAAAGUACAUUGGCUCUUUAACUGUGAAGCCAAGAGAUGCAAUCUUCUACACCAUCAAUCACUUCGUGAUAACUAGCCACAAUUGUGGUGUCUGAUUUUUUUUUUUUUUGAACAAAGGUGUCUGAUUGGAACUGUGCUAUGCUUGCUGUGUUUACUUUGCCCAUUAUGCAAUUCGACUAGACCUGAAUGUUGGUAUAUUCUCAAUUAGGUUGCUAAGAUAGAAACAGACAUAAUGUUUAUUCAAAUGGUUGAAGCUGAAUUGGAGAAGAGAGAGCAAUAAGGCAAAUAUAAAGGUACGAAGGGAGAUGUGGUUUGCCGACUAAUUUUGAUUCUACCUACUGCUAUGCAUUAGGUUAUGGUGCUGGAUCCCUCCUUCAAAGUGGGAAGACUGGACUAAUAUCACCAGUUGGGAAUUUGGGUGCUCCGGUAGAAGAG